GGUGACGACAGUAACGAUUGUGCGAGCCAACGAUAGCACGGAGGUAAUCAAGGUGCGAAUUCCUCCAGCAGGGCUGCUGGCAAAGAAAAUUUACAAGCAGUUGGAGAGGUAUGGGCUUCAUGGUGCCCUUGAAGUGGAUGGGGUUUCUGUCAUUGACGACGACACAGUGUUUGCUAAAGAUCACCUCGUUUACAUUCCUCAGCCGAGUGCAGCUCAAGCAGAAGGUACUUUGUCUGCCUUGCCGUACUUCUCAUCACCGCUACGACCUUCCAAGAAGUUGAAGGCGUCUUAUUUUCAAGGGAAGACAAGAUGUGUUCUUGUGACAGAGCUCGUUGGCACUCAAAGCUUUCGUGUUGCAGCUGCUCUUAGCUGGUUGUGGCUACACCUCUUCGGGGACUCACCAAAUCUAUCAGCUUUUAUGUCGACUUUGCACGAAAGAAGGUGAUCAUCGACCGCAACGAGGUGAUUCCAUUGGACGUGCAGGUUACAUGGUCCCAUGGGAGUGUCGAUGAUCCAGAUGGAAUUGCCACGAAUUCAGACAGCCUCAGCCAGCUGCUUAACUAUGUUCUCAACUACAACAAAAACAGGGUGGGCAACUACAGUUGUAUGGCUGCAUUGAUCAUUCGUGUCCAAUUUGUCUUUUUUUUCAAGUUUCACAUCAGGAAGAAUGGCGAGGAUGAUCUAGGAAGCUUGGAGCUGCUAGAAUAUGCUCCUGGCUUCCAAAGGGGAAGCGGUCAGAUGACUGCAGAGGCUGGGCUAUGGGAAGUGUGCUUGAUCGACAUGGCGCGCUUGAUCAAUAACGAGUUUGGGAUCGAAAGAAACUGGUCUAUAAAGCCGGUGCAAGACAUGGACGUGCCAGAGGCUUUGUUAUCUCGUAUGCACAGUGCUAGCUUCCAGGAGUUACUUCCUUUCGCACCACCUGAAGGUUUCCAUUCACUGGUCAAGUAUUUCAGAAGUGUGGCACCUGACUGCUACGGCCCAGUCGAGUUCGUCUAUGAAAGCAAAACCGGCAGCGUUCAAGUUUCGAGCGUGCUGGCUUCAGGGCCCAGGUCUUGCGUCUUUGCAACAGCAGGAUUGGCCAGCGUUGUCAAGGUGUCUUCUGAAAACUACAUCGAUCUUGAUAUCCGGGCGCACUUCUUGGGUCACUCAUCUGAUUGCAGAUACUUACGGAAGAUGAUCGGACAUGGUCGAGUGAAUGGAGCAGGCCGGGGUCUCAGAUUUGUGGAGCUGGAGGGAGUGGGUGUCCCCUUCAGCAAGAAGCACGUCUCAACUGCGAAACAGAUUGCCAAGUGCUGGAGAGAAGCGUCGGAGGCGGUGAGAGCUCUGCAUCAUCGCAAAGUUUUCCACAGGGAUAUCAAACCGAGCAAUUUCAUCGUCAUGGAACACGGAACUGGAGACCAGAGGCUCGUUUUGAACGACUUCGACUGUGCUGCUCACUGGGACGAUAGCAUGAGAGAGGAGGUUGGAACUGUUAUGUUCCGCUCUCCUGUGCUUGAUGAAGGUGGGGAGUACUGCUGUCGAGAUGACUGGCUUUCCCUUGGGCUCAGCUUUGCUUACCUGUUGGGGAUUUUUCCAGAGAGACUUUGCUGGAACAGGCAGCGGAAGCUUCAAAUUUUACAGGAACUUGCAGUUCAUGCAUUGGCGCCUGCAGAUAUGAAGACCACGAUCCUUCUUGCUCUUGGUGAAGAACAUGUUUGCUGUUGUAGAGUAGUUUCGACUCAUAUAUGUAAAAAUAUUUAAAUUAAAUAGC